AUGGGUCUUCAGUUGCUCGUCAUUGACUGCGAUCCAGGCUCACCAGCCGCUUCUCCGCCGACUGUCAAAUUCCUACCGGCCCCAGGCACUGCCACACUCCAGGCUCCGGACUCCAAUGCCGUCAUUGCUACUGCCUCCAUAACGGAGCUCGCUUCAGCAAAGAAAUUCUGUCUUAGCUAUUGUAGUAAUUGGAAUGAGGGCCAGGUGGAUCUCAUUGACUAUGAGAUCGCUGAUUGGCCAAUGUUAACAACCUCGACCAAGGAUUACAUAGUCAAUGAGAUUCACCUGGACCUCAUUCCAAACAGUACAUCUAUAAAUUUCUCUUUGAAACUAGAUGAAUUCCUGAAAAGAAUGGGAGGUGACCUUAUUGAAAUAUGUAAGAUCCUGAAGGGCCUGGAUAGGGCACAUGAACGGUCUGAGAGUUCAGAGGUUGCUUUUGUGACACAGUUGGUGAAGAAGCUCCUGAUCAUCAUUGCACGGCCUGCACGGUUACUCGAGUGCCUGGAAUUUAACCCUGAGGAAUUUUACCAUCUGCUGGAGGCUGCUGAAGACCAUGCAAAGGAAGGCCAUGGCAUUAAAAUUGACAUUCCACGUUACAUCAUCAGUCAGCUGGGACUCACCCGUGACCCCCUGGAGGAAAUGGCCCAUCUGGAUACCUAUUACAGUCCAAAUCUCAACACCCAAGAACUGGUCGAUUUGAUUGAUGGUCGUGGACCUUCUGGCAAACCCCCAAAGGCACCAUCUGAAGAAGACUUUGACACCAUUAAACUAAUAAGCAAUGGGGCGUAUGGUGCUGUUUACUUGGUGAGGCACAGAGAGACAAGGCAACGAUUUGCCAUGAAGAAGAUAAACAAACAAAACCUGAUACUUCGAAACCAGAUUCAGCAGGCGUUUGUGGAGCGUGAUAUCCUUACCUUCGCAGAGAAUCCUUUUGUUGUCAGUAUGUUCUGCUCUUUUGAGACCAGACGGCACCUCUGCAUGGUUAUGGAAUAUGUGGAAGGAGGUGACUGUGCAACACUGCUGAAAAAUAUUGGUGCAUUGCCUGUGGACCUGGCCCAGAUGUAUUUUGCAGAAACUGUUCUGGCUUUGGAAUAUUUACAUAAUUAUGGCAUUGUCCAUCGGGACCUAAAACCUGACAAUCUCUUGAUAACAUCGAUGGGGCACAUUAAGCUAACAGACUUUGGCCUCUCAAAGAUUGGUCUUAUGAGCCUCACCACAAACCUCUACGAGGGUCACAUCGAAAAGGAUGCCCGGGAAUUCCUGGACAAGCAGGUGUGUGGCACUCCUGAGUACAUUGCCCCAGAGGUCAUCGUGCGACAGGGAUAUGGGAAGCCGGUCGACUGGUGGGCAAUGGGUAUUAUACUGUACGAAUUUCUGGUGGGGUGUGUCCCUUUCUUUGGUGACACGCCUGAGGAAUUGUUUGGCCAGGUCAUCAGUGAUGAUAUAAUGUGGCCUGAUGGUGAUGAGGCACUCCCAGCAGAUGCUCAACACCUUAUUUCCUGUCUUCUGCAGCCAAACCCAUUGGACAGACUGGGGACAGGAGGCACCUAUGAAGUCAAGCAACAUGGUUUCUUCAAAGACCUGGACUGGACGAGCCUGCUGCGUCAAAAGGCAGAAUUCAUUCCCCACCUGGAGUCAGAAGAAGACACAAGUUACUUUGACACUCGCUCUGAUCGAUACCACCAUGUCAAUUCUUACGAUGAGGAUGACACCAAUGAAGACGAACCAGUGGAAAUUCGACAGUUUUCCUCCUGCUCGCCUCGCUUUAUUAAGGUUUACAGCAGCAUGGAACGCCUUACGCAGCAUGAGGAGCAGAAAGCCCCAGUGGUCACUCGACGCAACCUAAACAAACACAAGGAGGAAAAGAGUGAGAAGAUGGAGGGGCUGAGCUCCAUCAGCACCCGGGACAAGAGUUGGAGGACAAGCUCUCCAGAAAUGAAGCGCCUCUCUGCGUCUGAGUCUUCUUAUGGCGAAAGUGACUCCAGUCCCCCUCUCACCGUACGCCGCAGGUUCUCCGCGCUUAUGGACACUCACAAGUUUGCCACACCCCUUGAGGACGACAUGGAGGUGACUCACAGACACCAGGGGGUACAGACAGUGACGCCAGUCCAGGAUCAGUCAAGCCAGUUGGAGCCACGGCAGAAAGAUGUGGAAGGACAGAGUGCCAAUGUUGCAGGAAAUGCCAGCAGUAGUCCGACGUUCCCAGCUGGCAGGCCAGUGAAGUUAAGUGAGUCGCUGUGCACUGUUUCGAAGGAAACGGAUUCCUCGUCCACAAAGGCAACAAGUGACCUGGCAGUCCGCAGAGCACGACACCAGCAACUGUCUGGGGACUCAGCUGAGAAGCGCACCUCUCGGCCCGUCAACAAAGUCAUCAAAUCCGCUUCGGCCACUGCGCUCUCGGUCAUGAUCCCUGCAGUAGAGCAACACAGCAGUUCACCUCUUGCCAGCCCUAUGUCACCACGAUCACUGUCAUCUAAUCCUUCAUCGCGGGACUCCUCACCAAGCCGUGACUUCUCACCAGCAGUGACGAGUCUCAGGUCCCCGAUCACCAUCCAUCGCUCAGGAAAGAAGUAUGGCUUCACGCUUCGUGCCAUCCGUGUUUACAUGGGAGACAGUGAUGUGUACAGUGUCCAACACAUGGUCUGGCAUGUAGAAGAUGGAGGACCUUCCCAUGAAGCUGGACUUUGUGCAGGUGACCUUAUUACUCACGUCAAUGGGGAACCUGUCCAUGGACUCGUCCACACCGAAGUUGUGGAACUUAUUCUGAAGAGUGGAAGCAAAGUGACUGUAACCACAACACCAUUUGAGAACACUUCCAUCAAGAUUGGUCCAGCCCGGAGAUCCAGCUACAAAGCCAAAAUGGCAAGGAGGAAUAAGAAAAGCACAGGAAAGGAAGGACAGGAGGGUGGUAAGAAGCGAAGCUCUUUGUUUCGAAAGAUAACCAAACAGUCUAACCUGCUGCACACAAGCCGCAGUCUCUCGUCCUUGAACCGUUCACUGUCAUCCAGCGACAGUUUACCUGGCUCGCCCACACAUAGUCUCUCCGCUCGCUCGCCUACGCAGAGCUACAGACCAACGCCAGACUCUGGCUAUUUAGGUGGAGGGGGAAACUCGUCUCAGAGUAGCUCCCCAGGCUCGAGUGUACCAAAUUCCCCGGCCACCCCGCACCACAUCCGGCCCAGCAGCCUUCACGGCUUGUCCCCAAAGCUCCAACGCCAAUACAGAUCAGCACGGUGCAAGUCAGCUGGGAACAUCCCGCUGUCCCCUCUCGCUCACACUCCGUCACCUACCCACCCGUCCCCUCAACACCCUUCAUUUCCGCUGCCCGCCCACACGGUCGGCAGCUCCAACACCACCCAGACCUUCCACAUCAAGUUACACUCGUCGCCCCCGGUGGUGAGACCGCGGCCAAAGAGUGCGGAGCCCCCCAGGUCCCCUCUCCUCAAGAGAGUGCAGUCAGCGGAGAAGCUGUCCAUCCCGCUCUCUUCUGAGAAGAAGCUCGCAAUCCGAAAGCACAGCCUCGAGGCCUCCCACUCUGAGUUCCGGAAGGAAGGCCUGCAUUCUGAUACCAGUCUGCAGAGUCUGAUGGAAUCAGAGGGAGAAGUCCUGGGAUCAAAGAGUGACAGCAGUGAGGUGGGGCCUUUCCGACAGAUGGCUGUAAGGAAGCUGGGCAGACAGGAGUCUCCACUGAUUGAUAGAGACAUAUUCUCGACAAUCAGGCAGGAAAGGGGGGAAGGACUUGACCCAGUGCAGGAACUAGAGGUUAAAAUCAAUGAUCAUGAUGAGAUUCCAGUCGGAGGGGUCAAUGUGGAUCAUGAAGGUGUAACAAGAACCUGUUCCACAUUUAACUGUCAGAGUGGCUCCAGUGUUAUUAAGGACAUGACCAAACAUUUGGCUGAAGUGCAGGGAAGUAGUGGUUCUUCUUCUUCAUCACUAAAGGAAACCAGUGGAAAGACUGCAGCUUCAAAGGCCCAGAUUUCUGAUCCAUCUUCUGACACAGGAGCAGCCAAAAAGUCAGAUCAAAACUUAGAUAAGGACGCACCAUUUGGUACCAUGAGAGGAAAGAAUGGUGCCUCUUCUCCCUCUGCUUCAACAACACGCAUGGACAAGUGUUCUGGAUUAUCACAAAUCUCCAGACCUGACACUUUGCCAACGCCUUCCGAAUUGAAAAUGUCUCCAGCACCAGUACAGACCAGCCUUAAUGUCAAUGUUACACAGCCAGUCCAAAUAAACUGCAUCUCAGAACCUCCAGAGAAAAAUCACUCCAAGGAACCCAGGAAGACACGGUCCAUUGAUCCCGCGAACAGGAGACACCAAGGAGUGCAAACCGAACCAUUAGGACCUGGCUCCCAGAACCAGGAUGGUGCCUGCAAACUAAUGCCAGACUACAACACCUUGACGUUGCCAACUCAGAGGUCAGAGCCAAAAGAUGUAUCUCCAGCAGCCAGUUCCCAGCCAGGCUAUGAGGAGAAGGGCAAAGCAGUGGAAAUUCCUGCCAAGCUGGAGGCUGCAAAGCCUCUUUUUGAUGGAAAAGAUGCCCACAAGAAGAGCAUGGCUUGUGAGACCAAAGAUAACAUUGAACAGCCAUGCAAGAUUGAGGAGAAGAAAGUCUGCAGUGAUGAGAUUUUGCUUCAGGAAAGCCUCCUGAAACCAGCCAAAAGACCCGAUGCUAUAGAUAAAAGUGCCCCAGUUAAUUGUUACAAAGAAGCGUGUGAGGCAUCUGUAGAGAGUAAAGGGGCUCCGGAGACUAAAAUAAAGAAGCCACCCACCCCUACACCAUGCGGAGCUGGGCAAGGAUCCUCAGCGGUGGUGUCGUCGUGCUCAGACAAACAGGGUUUUGUCAACCAUUUGGCCUCUGUGGCAAAGAGUGUACUUGGGCCCGUGAAGAUGGCCAUCCCUGCGGUGCCAGCAGCAGCAGAAAGACGGAAGGCAGGGGACAAUGCAAAGACACUUGCUGAGCAACAAGGGAACUCCACAGCCCUGUUAGGAGCAGUCACUAAGCCAGUAUCCAUGGCAACCUCACAAGACAUAGGCAGUGUGGCUGUUCAUGAAAAGAAAGAGAUAACCCGUCAGACACUUUAG